AUGAGAGAGUUUGGCCCUGAAUUGUACAAGCUAUACUUGGUAACGGACUCUACCAUGGUCCCUAAGUCAAAGACUUUUUUGGGACAAGUUAAAGAGGCGAUUGAAAAUGGAGUAACUAUUGUUCAAUUGCGGGAAAAGACACUAUCGACUCGGGAAUUUAUCGAGCAAGCUAAGAAAGUACACGAGCUUACAAAGUUAUAUAAGAUUCCUUUGAUUAUUAACGAUAGGGUUGACGUAGCCAUUGCUGUGGAUGCUGAGGGAGUUCACGUUGGCCAGGAUGAUAUGCCAGCCAAGUUAGUACGGCAAAUGAUUGGUGAUGAUAAAAUUCUUGGUGUGACUUGCUCUACACCAAAGGAGGUACAAGAGGUGAUGGAUGACGACGUUGCUGAUUAUGUUGGGUUGGGCACUGUGUUUGCUACAACCACUAAGAAGGAUGUUAAAAAUCCUGGCGGUAUUGGGCCAAUAGGUAUAAGGGAAAUGCUCAAGGUGAUGGGAAAACAUCCUCGCAAUAUUGCUAGUGUUGCGAUUGGAGGCAUCAAUGAGACAAAUAUCAAUUUUGUCACUUAUCUGUGCCGAGUGACGAAAAAAGCAAUCGAUGGUGUUGCAGUGGUUUCGUGUAUCAUGGCUAGUGAAGAUGCUGCUGCUGCUACAAUGAAACUACUUGAAAACAGCCAACAGGGGUAUGAUGAUGGUGAUAUUUCUAGCUUCAACAACGAGGAAUGUUUGUCCAAUGACAAACAUGAGGCAAAGUUGAAAAAGUUGUUAGAUUCUCAUCCUCUAGUACAUCAUAUUACAAACAAUGUUGUUAAAAACUUCAGUGCAAAUGUCACAUUAGCAAUAGGAGCAUCUCCCAUUAUGUCUGAACUAGCGGAGGAGUUUGAAGAAUUUGCAAGCAAGAUUUCGAAUAUGGGAUUAGUGUUGAAUCUCGGCACACCAAGUGAACAGUUGAUGGAGGUUUUUCUCAAGGCGAUGAAGGUAUACAAUCAGUACGACAAACCAAUAGUAUUUGAUCCUGUUGCAUGCGGUGCUUCCAAGAAUCGUCUCGAUUGCUGUAGAAGGAUAUUAAAUGUAGGUAGGGUUAGAGUGAUUAAGGGGAACAUUGGUGAAAUUAUGGCAAUUUGGAAAUUAACAUCCACUUGUUUGUCUCUUAAUGCAACCGGCUCAGACAAGAACUCGAUGAGAGGUGUUGACUCAACAGCCAACGUACUGGAAGAGAUACUAACUAAAAUCGCAAAAGACAUCAUCGAUGAUUUUAGCGUCAUUGUGGUGAUAACAGGCCCAACAAACUAUAUCUACUCUACGGAAAACAGGUUCAUCAAAGUAGAAGGUGGAAGUAAAUUGAUGAGUUUGGUCACUGGCACAGGAUGCUCCUUGGCAAGCGUUAUAGCUGCGUUUUUGGCGGCAAAGGCUGAUGGCACAACCACAACAAAAACCUCCCAUUGCGACUACUUUGCUUGUGUUGCAGCUGCUGUAAAGUUAUACAACGAUGCGGGUAGAAUUGCCGCAUCAAAAUGUCAAGCUCCAAGCUCAUUCAUGACUCAGUUCAUCGAUGAAUUCGCCACUGCUGUCGCGAUACGAUACGAUACGAUACGAUCCAAGGGAAUGGUUCGAGAAGGACAAGGUAAGUUUCCCGUCAAAAAAGUGAAUCGGCCUUCGCCCGUUGCGAAUGUGGGCAAGAUUGGUUCUUUAACGCGUUAUCCCGAUCGAGAGUAUGCAAACUCUUUGCUACACGAUGCAGUCAAAGCAUUAGCACCUGUUAUUCACGAGUACGGCUUCAAGGUUGGUUUACUAUGCGAGAUGUUUCCAAAAAGUCCAAACUUAUUAGGACUCAAUAUCAACAAGGGACAGAAAAUUAUGUUGCGACUAAGGUACCAUCAUAAUGACAAACUGUUUUUACCAAUGUGUGACAUUAUAGGGACUUUGCUUCAUGAAUUGACUCACAAUGUUCAUGGUCCCCAUAACAAGUUGUUUUAUGACUAUUUGGCCGAAUUAGAGAAAAAAUACUAUGAACUACAAGUAGGUAACGUUAUGCGGUCUGGCUAUCGAUGUGAGGAAAACGUUCUUGGCCGAGGAAAUUUACUAGGUACUGGUCUUGUCGAUGUACGUGCGCGACGCCUUGCUACAAUGAACAAACCAAAGUUCAAAACAGAGACACUACAGUUAGCACUGGAUUCUAAGGUAAAGAGGCCUGAAAAUUUGAGGCAAGCAAUACUAGACGCGGCUCAACGACGGUUAUUAGACUCGAAACAAUGUAGUUCUCAUCUUGAUGCAAAAGAAGAAAUACCUACAGAUCAGGAACUAGAGAUUGUAGAACUAGACGAUGAGGAUGACAAUGGGGGAAAUAAUGAUGAGGAUGAAACUAAUGGUUGGCUCAAUAGCGGUGAAUCCGACGCCAAAAUAGAGAUUAUCGAUUUAACGGAGGAAAACGAUGAUAACAAUAACGAUGAAAAUCUACCGCUCACAGAAGAAAUAAUUAGUAGUUGCUCUGUACAAUACCAUCUUACUUCCUCUACAGUAGUUGCUGUAUACGGCACUUCCCCUAUAGCAGUUGCUGUAUACGGUACUUCCCCUAUAGCAGUUGCUGUAUACGGUACUUCCCCUAUAGCAGUUGCUCCAUACGGUACUUCCCCUAUAGCAGUUGCUGUAUACGGUACUUCCCCUAUAGCAGUUGCUGUAUACGGUACUUCCCCUAUAGCAGUUGCUCCAUACGGUACUUCCCCUAUAGCAGUUGCUCCAUACGUUUCGAGUGCAAUUGAAAAUGGAGGAGAAGUAGUGGUGGCAGUUGAUGCAACUUGGCCAAAGUUGGACUUUAUAACAAAUUUCAUUGAAAGUUUAGCUGGUUUCAAUGAGACCCUUUACAUACCAGCGAUUGAAUUGAUUUUUGGGUUGGGAGAGGAUGAAGAGGAAGAGGAAUUGGACAUUUUUGCUGCUGAUGAAAAAGUGUACAAGACAGUUGUUGAAAAGUUGAAGCUUGAUCAAAGCUCGAUUGACAUUAUCAAUUUCAAUUUGGCUCAUAAAAAGUUUGCUCCGAGAAUAGUCGCCCAUUUUAGUUAUUAUGAGAGAAAAUUGUGUCCCAUUUUCAAGGAUAAAUUGCAAACAGUGUGUGCUCAUGAUCUGUUUGGGGAGCCAGUGGAAACCAAGAAUGGAGCUUUAACGUCGUGGGUCUUGUGUAACGAUAAAAUAUAUUGCUCGGCAAAUGAUUUAUUUGCGUUACGUACUGAUAAAUCAACAACUGCAGAUAUUCAAUUGUUUGACAGAGUCAUUGGAAACAAUGUUGACUCGCCCUUGUUGGAAUUCUACGGCGAUCCAAUGGCGGAAUCUACGAGAAAUAUUUUGAAAGUCUUGUAUCAAGAGGCAAAUUCCAAUAAGCUCCGUUUUGUUUGGCGUUAUAUACCUUCUCUGUCGAAAACUGCAGACUCAUUGAGCGGGUACGCCGCCCACCUUACUUUGAAUAGUGGGAAGAAUCAGAUUGAAAGGCCAUUUUCAAGUGAUCUAACCUUGCAGCGCGAUUUUCAAAAGAUAAACAAUUCUAAUGAGUUGAUCAAAGCUGAUGAAAAUUUAAACAAUGUGGGAACAAAGCUCAUUUCCUUUCUUUUUUCAAACAAGUAUAAGCUUCCACGGUUUGACAUUUUAAAGACCAUUUUGAACGAUUUGCCGAAAUAUAUGUAUUACCUACAAAACCAUCCUAAAGAUUAUCAUUUCGAAAAAGCAAAAACAAAAAUUGCAAGUAAUGAAGAAACAGGAUUACUGAAGGAUUCGUACGGUGUGUAUGUUAACGGGUCUCCAAUUCAUCCCUUGGAGUUGGAUAUUUUCAAACUUGAAGAGAAGAUUCAAAACGAAUUGAAAAUCAUUACUGAUUUGGUGAGUUUGGGAUUUAGUACAGUGCAGGCCAAACUAUUGAUCACUAAAUUUGCAUUGCUUUCAGCCGUAAAGCAAACUCAAUUUGAAAGCGGUAAUACCCUAAUGGGCAAUAAUGAAAAUAGGUUUAAAGUGUAUGAAAACGUGUUCAACAGAACAAUUGCUCACAAGGGGGGUGUUGUAUUGUUCAACGACAUUGAAAAUGACCGAAACUAUGACACUUAUCUGAGUGACAGAAACGAAGUGUACCUUGGUGCGGAAUCCCUUAGACUAAAGCUGAACCAGUUGCCCCCAUUAAGGGAAAACAUACACGAUCUUAUCUUUGCAAUAAAUUUUAGCAACAAACAACAAUUGAAGGCGUUUUUCACCUUAUCCAAGCUUAUUUUGGAUACAGGCAUACCCCAGCAACUCGGGUUGAUCCCCAUCGUGGCAGAUGACCCUUUGGAUAAAGAACUUGCUAAGAGACUCUAUCGUAUACUAGAAGUGCUGACGCCAAUUGAGGCAAUGGCUUUCCUAUACAGCUAUAUGGAGGCAAAGAACUCGCUGGAGAUUGAGAGGGUAUUGAAUAAAGUUGAGAUAACCGAUGAUUUUGAAAUUGAUAUUCAAGCAAUUGCUAGAAAAUUCUCAAUUACGUUGCCAUCUGUUAUCAUUAAUGGUGUUAUACAUGACAUGAGUCAGUCCAAUUGGCAAAUCCUAAUGAGUAAACAAAUCGCCCAAGAUGUUUCCCUUUUGAAAAGUUACCUCAGACAAGGACCCGUUGAAGGGAAACUUAAGGAUUUGCUUUACCUUAAUGCAAAAACUGAGAGGGAUUUGCGCAUACAUCCGCAAACCCCAAAAGAUGUUUUGUACAAGCUUGUAAACAAGGAUCUUUUCAAAGUGUCUUUUAGUUUCAAAAAAAUUGAUAAACCUAGCGGAGUGCUGGUGACGUUUUGGCUUAUAUCGGACUUUGGCAAUCAAGAAUCGAUCAAGCAACUUUGUAUAUUACUAGAGUUUAUGAAGAAAACCCCAAUUCAAAUACGUGUUGUAAAUUUAGGCAAUACCAAGUUUUUUACAAAACCUCAUGGUACAGAACACAAAUUAACGUCGUCUUUGACCAACUUUGAUAUUGAAAAGUUAAUAGAUUCAGUCAAGAGCGUCAAGUUGUCAACAGGUCCAAAUUUGGAGACGAGAAAGGUCUUGGAGAAGGCACAACUUCCUACUCAACAUUCUUACAUGUUGUUAAACUCUCGAUACUUGCGUUUGGAGCCUGCGGCUUUUUCCGUUGAAGACUUGACAAACCUUGUUGAUUUUGAAACUAAGGAACGGUUGAAAAUUAUAGAUGAUGUUGUACAAUCAUACCCAGACACGUUUUCUUUCAAGUUGGACGAAUAUAACUCAGUAGCUACUGGAAUAGACAAUAUGGAUUGGUUUGAUUUGGUGUCAAGUAUAGUCACAAAAUCAUUCCACACUGAUGAAAAAUUAUUUGUUGUUGAUGUUAAUAGAUUUGACUUUGAUUCUUUGGAUAUGUCCAACCUGAUUGAUGUUGUUGCAAGCGAUGAAACCAAGCCAAUAGAUGUGCUAGUCAUUAUUGAUCCAUUGGAAGAAUAUGCUCAAAAGGUUGUUAAUAUGCUCGACUUUUUUAGCUCCUUUUCCUUUUUGAACAUUAGAAUACUAUUGCAACCAAUACUGGAUUUUAGUGGGAACAAAAUGCCAAAUAGAUUCUAUAGAGGUGUCUAUCCCAACUCGUUGCCAAUGUUUGACCGUAAAGGAAGAUGGCUUCAAAACUACGCUGCUUCUGGAACUUUCAAUCUGUUGCCGUUGUUAGAGAGUUAUUCACUUAAUUUGGAUGUCCCAAGCAAAUGGGUGGUUGUUCCGAAAUCAAUUGCACCGUCUGUUGACUUGAAUAAUUUUACUGUCAAGGAUAAGAAAUUGUCCAUAAAGUACAGGUUAUCCAAUUUGAUUAUCCAAGGCUAUGCACGAGACAUAUAUACGGGAAAGGCACCAAAUAAUUUAACGUUUGAGUUACUGCAAGAUUCUGGUAAGAAAACGGACACUUUAGUUAUGUCUGCAUUGAACUAUUUCCAAUUAAAAGCUACCCCAGGUGUAAACACUCUCAAAUGUGGCUCUGACCAUGCAUUGUUAUCAGCAUCUUGCAACAAGUUUGAUUCUAAUUUGAAACCACUUGAAGGUGUGGAUGUUCCGGUAUUCAGCUUGGUGGGAGCAACAUUGUACCCAAGGAUUAUUCACCAAUCCAAUGAAUCAAAGGAGAAGAAACCACUGCAUUCUCAAAUCAACAUUUUUUCAAUUGCCAAUGGAGAAUGGCAAUCGGAGAAAUCUUUGAGUAUAAUGAUUGCUUCUGUGCGAAAACAUACAAGUAGCCUGGUUAAAUUUUGGAUCUUAAACAAUUACGUGUCGCCAACUUUUCAACAAUUGGUGCCGUUACUUGAGGAGAAGUACAAUGUGGCCAUAGAGUUGAUUACGUACAAGUGGCCCGAAUUUUUAAGGAAGCAAGAAAAUAAAAGAGAAAGGGAGUUGGCAGGCUACAAAAUCUUAUUCCUCGAUGUGCUUUUCCCGCAAGACCUUGAGAGAGUGAUAUUUAUGAGUUGCGAACAAAUAUGUCGUUCUGACUUGAUUGAGUUGGUCAAUAUGGAUCUAGAGGAAGCACCAUAUGCAUUUGCCACCCGAGGUGAUUCUAGGUUGAAUAUGGAUAAAUUCAAGUUUUGGAGACAGGGAUACUGGGCAGAUAUGCUAGCAAACGAAUUUAUAUACCACUUUAGCGACUUAUUCAUAGUGGACCUAGACAAGUUUAGAAAAUUUCGUUUUGGAGAUAGUUUACGCAGACAUUACCAAAAAUUAUCAAGCGACGCCAACACAUUGGUUCGUGUUGAUCUAGACUUGAUCAACAGUCUACAGCGGCAAAUUCCCAUUAAAACCUUGCCACAAGAAUGGCAGUGGAGUGAAAAAUGGUGUUGCGAUGAAGAUUUUGCAAAUGCGAAAGAAAUUGAUUUGAGUAGUUUGUUAACAAACGAAAAUAUACACCAAGCUGGAAAAAGACUCGUACCGGAAUGGACUAGAUAUGAAGAGGAAAUAGACUCAUUGGUUACAUUGACAAGGGUAAACCAAUUGGAAGAAGAAGAAGAAGAAGACAAAAGCCAAAUUUUUCAUUUGAACGAUGGGAACGAUGGGAACGAUGGUAGCGAAGAAUUUGAUUAUCAUGAUGAAUUGUAG